AAUAGGUUCAUUGAUUUUUCUGUUGAGUUCGGAUUUUACGGUCGGAAGGGCUCCCGGAGGAAAAUCAAAUCUCACUCGCAGUCGUCAGUCUCUGAUCGGAAGGGAUUUUAAUCGAUUUGCGUGAGCGUGCAGCAGUGUGAGUGAAAUCUCGGGAAGUCGUUUUUCGUGUAGGGAUUGGAGUGGGGUUUGAGUGUGUGCGUGCAGUUCAGUGAGGAAACUGACAGAAAAAGUAGAAGAACGUCGUGUGAAAGGGAAAAGGAAAACGGUUUCCCAUCAGCCUGGCUGAUAAACGCGGAGAGAAGAUGCGACAGUGUUGGUGUGGGUUUGGUUCCAUUUUGUAAACAACGGUGUAGUUGUGAAUGAACGGUAGCUGUUCUUCAACGAACGACGUUUUGACAACCAGCGGAAAGUCUUCUUGGUUGCUUUUUCCCCAAGAGCAGUGAGUACACAAACGUAAACAAUCACACAGCACAGUCGACGAACAUCAGAAGAAGAGAUUGCUUGCUGCCUAGCCUGAACUGGCUGAGUCCACUGAGGACGAAAAAACGGUCGCGGGGCGGUCCGGUGUCGCACGCAACGAUGAUCAACGUCGUACGGAGCGAAGCAAAGCUAUCUCCAAACGGCAGCGCAAACUAUCUACCAACACAUUGAAGACGAUCGUCUCUCUUUGGGCGAACGCGUUCCACUUCGUUGCUGCGCCAAGUGCUGGGCACAAAACAACAGUAAAAUAAUCUAAACCUGCGACGGACGACGAAAACGAAGGGAAAAGUUCAAAAACCUCUUCUCGGCCAUUGCGAAAUCAGCGCCGCCGCCAUCGCAACAUUACCACUCACUCCGUCGGAAUCAUUAGAGCAUGGGCAAGCGACAUGCCGCGGACAGCGAGAAUCACCAUCAGUACGAAACGCCCCAGAAGCGCCAGAGGGUGGCCAUCGAAACCCCCACCAGCUGCAGUCCGGCCCUGAAUGUGAGCUUUCAGCUGACGAGGGAAUUCGUCGAUGGCACCAUACUGACGGAUCUGUCGCUCAAGGACUGGCGCAUCGGAAAACCAAUAGGAAAGGGUAGCUUUGGGGAAAUCUUUCUCGCAUCGGACGACGUCUCCAAGCCGGUCACUAGCGAUAAUGCCAAAUAUGUGGUCAAAAUCGAACCCCACUCCAAUGGGCCGUUAUUUGUGGAGAUACACGCGCUGCUCAACACGGCUAAAAGAACAGAUUCCAACCCCAUCCCCCCAGGCAUGCCGGAGUACAUCGCUUCCGGGUCGCACUAUUUCAAGGAAGACGAACGUUACCGCUUCCUGAUUCUGAAGCGCUAUCAGCGGGAUCUGCAUUCGAUGAUCAAAAACAAACGGGUCGAUCCGAAGAGCAUUCCCAUCAUUGCCUGUCAGAUUUUGGACGUCCUAGAACAUCUCCACGACAAGGGUUACGUCCACUCCGAUAUCAAAGCGGAAAACCUGAUGAUCGGGAAGGUGCCCGUUUCGGAGCUGGCCAACGUCAAGAGCGCCAAACUGCUGAUCCACAAAAGCGGACACAACGAGAGCUCGCCAAUUAAAAAGAAGACUGCAACAGUGACGGAGAACGGCGGCGGAGGUUGCAACGGGUUGCUAUCGACGACGCCGACCGUCAUGGUGAAGAAGGCCGUCGAGUUCAGCGGAUCGAAUCCGGUGCGAUCCUGUCGGGGCAAUGGAGUGGCCGAGUCGGAGAUCUAUCAGAAUAUGGUCAAGUCGCAUUAUUUGCGCCCACUGAAGAACAUCGUCUACCGGGACGACAGCGAUGACGAGGAUCUGAAGAACAGUAAAAAGCAGCGCAAACGGAAGAAGGACGGCGACAACAGCAAGUCGUUCUUCUAUCACAUUACGACGAAAAAUGUGAACGAAAACUACAAGCAGAUCGAUGUGCAGAUCAGCCGGAACGGGUCGGCAUUCAAGGUCGAUGGCAAGGAGAAGAACGAGAAGAAGACGAAGAAGACUCCCAAGCAGACGACUGUCGGCGGCACUGGGCUCAUGGAGGAGCGGAUUCAUCUGAUCGACUUCGGCUUGGCGUCGAAGUUUAUGGACAGCACCGGGCUGCAUAGGCCGUUUUGCAUGGAUCAGCGGCGGGCUCACGACGGCACGCUGGAGUUCACUUCCCGGGAUGCGCAUAUGGGUGCGCAUGCGAGACGAAGCGAUUUGGAGUGUUUAGG